AAAGAAAUUGUACUUCCGGUGGUUGUCUGCACCCGCAAAAACUUGAAAAUGUAAAUUGUCUUUACUUUACAAGGCUUGAUAAUGAAAAGGAUUGGAAAGCAGGUCUGUGCUUGGAUAUGAGAGUACUCCACAGUUUCUUGGAUUCCUUAUAACAGUCAUAAGAAAGAUAUAGCCUGGUGCUAUAGAAUACACAGAUAGGUGACCAGAGGAUUACAAUACUGAUAUUAUACUUGGUCUUUAUGAGACAUAUAGUGGGUUUAUAAUAGGAUGACUUUGAUUAUACCAUAGGGAAAGCUAACAGCCAACUUUGGUGGUAAUACAUGUACAAUGAAGUAAGAGCCCCCUCUAUAACACAGUAUGACAAUGGAUGUGGACCCAGCACCCACAGACUUUCUACAUGGGCUGAACAGGAUCAGGUGCAAUGGUUCCCGGAUCAAGGUGGGAAACCGAGACUUUACAUCUGCCUCAGAGGCCCUGGAAGCUUACCUGGACCAGUACGCAGGUUUGACCUCCAAACAUAAAGGUCGAUAUAAGCAGAAUGUGUCGGAUCUGUUGGAUCCUAAGUCUGCUCUCCACCUCACUGCAGAGCGAUCUCUACAGACAGGAGUCCGGGACACCGCCACUGAACUCCAGCUGGCCACCGCCAGGGAAUCCAUCAAUGAAUCCUACGACAAAAUGAAAAGGAGCAUGGCCCUCAGAGCUGAAGCAGGUUAUUGGAAAGUUGACAGAGUGGAUGAAGCAUUAAACAAAUCAGGGGAGUUAUUACAUAGGAUAGCUCAUGAUGAGCCCUUACCUAAGGAGGGACCCAGUGACAUCGAGAGUGUCAAUACAGACACACUGAUUAAUAUGAAGCUGGGGACAGCCGCACCAAAGAGAGGACAUGUAUACUCGUAUAAAAACCCCAGGAACCGGUCCAAGACAGUGGGGGCUGCCCCUCAGAAAAGGGACCUCUCUAGUGUAGAAGACAUUCUGGGAUCACGGCGGAGUGGUCUGGCCAAUCUUCCUCCCCCGACCAGCUACAAGUCCUCCCAGCCAAGGGAGAGAAGUAGGUCCGUGUCUCCAUCUUCAUUCAGACAUCAUGAGAGGCUAGCCAGCAAUCCAGCCAGACAGGCUUAUGACAUUCCAGUGAAAAGCUAUGAUUUAGAUUUGUCUGAGAGCAAGAAGCCUCCCAGCUGGAUCGAUGCCCUUGAUAUUUCCAAUCCUAGUGAGAGCUUUUGGUCCAAGAGAGAUCUUGUGUCUGGUAGGCCUGCUCCUAGCUGGGUUCAAGGACUAGAUAAAUCUGAUAUUACUAGUGUUACUGCUGAUCUACCUCAGAAGCGAGUGGGCUUCUCAGAAAAUGUGGCACAGUCAAAUUUUAAUAGAUCACAUGACUCAAACCCCCCUGGUCUAGAUUUUAAUGAUUUACUAUCCAAAUCACCAGGCAAAUCUUCUUUAAAGUCACCAAAGUCAAGUCGUAAAGCCUACAAUUUCUCCAGCAAGUUGGCACCAGAAGUACUGAAGGCUGGAAACACUAGUGCAAAUAGCAGUGAUAUUUUAGAAAAAUAUUUAGAAACUUCAACAAAGGCAGAUAACUCUUAUGAUGUGUCCCGUCCCCCUCGAUGUUCUAGCUUGGAUACUGAGGCAUUGUUAGCAGGAAUAUCGGCACCUAACAAAAGUGACAUCACAGGAGCAAGCCCUAUUGUCCCAGAUCAAUCCCCAGCACGGCCUGGGACUUCUAACAGAGCGCGGAGCCCUGACACAGAUAUGGUACUGGAUGGUGAUCGCUCCUGGGAGAAACCUGUACUACCCAAUCUGAAGCCCCCAGUAGUAACAGUGGAUGAUGACUUACAGACAGACACACUGACAGGCACUCCACAACCUGGUAGUUUGGAGGCCUUAAAGAACAUGUUGUUUAAGCUACAAACUGAGGCUGCAGCACAUGCAGCAGGAAAUCCUACCACCAUAGAAAAUCUACAGGCUGGAGCUCCUAAUACAGAGAGACCUGAGGAAGAUAUUCCUGCCCUGGAGGGUUACAACUGGAAAGAGCAGCCCGGGGGACAGUCCCUAGAAAAAGCUCUUCAUCACCUAGGAAACCUGAAGACCAUUGUUAACAAUGAGAAGGCAGCUCGCAGUAGAUCUCCAUCCCCCCAAAGAUUGAGGAGUCGAUCUUACUCCCCCACACGCUCCAGGUCCGUGCUCAGCUAGACUGAGGAGUGGAUCUUACUCCCCCACACGCUCCAGGUCCGCGCUCAGCUAGACUGAGGAGUGGAUCUUAUUCCCCCACACGCUCCAGGUCCGCGCUCAGCUAGACUGAGGAGUGGAUCUUACUCCCCCACUCACUCCAGGUCCGCGCUCAGCUAGUCAGACUGUUAUAGACUUUGUUAAUUAUGUGAUUGAAAUGCAUGUUAGCUUAGGAGAAUGGACACAUUAAACUUAUUUAUACUCAUUGUUUAUCAUUCACAUUAAAGAUAGAAUUGAUUCUGUAUCAAUAAUUAUUAUUCAAUGGACCUUUGUUGUUGCCUUUUAUAAAUUUAGCUUGUAUAAUAUAGUGACAUCAUCAUGAUGGCAAUCUACGUACAUGGACAUCGAUAUUCAAAAGAAAAUUAGAAAAGUACAUGUAAACUUGAUAUGGUUUCUGAUUAGAUCUUUUUGUUCUGUUUGGUGUAAAACUUAUUAUCAUUGUUAAGUAAUCGUUAAAUAUUGACUUUUUAUUAAGUUGAUGAACAACACUUACCUCCAGGUCUUGUGCCACUGAGAUCUUUCAGUUUUGUUGUGUAAAAAUAAAUGACAAUUUUGAUAUGAUUUUGGUUUUUACAACAUAUGGAAACAUGAUACCUGUAUUUGUAAAUUUCACUGAAGGGGCACCUGCUUGUUGUGAAUUUGUCACUGGGAUUUCUUAUGGCCUUGGGAAACGUCUGUUUGUUUGGACCAUAGUAACCAAUAUUUAAUUUCACAUUAUUUUGUUGUUAUUUAUUUACCAUUAAAUAAAAUGUCAUCCAUUUUUAA